AUGACGACGAUGAUCGCUGACCCGACCUGCCGUUUCGACUCGCCGCUACGCUCCGUCGACGAGAAACCGAGCGUGCUGCUCGACUCCGACAUCAAUAAGAUCGUCGAGCGUAAACUCCGUUCGCCUAACUUCCGCGUGUUGCAGUGGAGUUUGGACGACCUCGGCGAGACGAACGGCUUUCUGGGCCAGUAUUACACCCUGUCGGUGACCGUGAAGACCGACGAUAAAUCCAAACGACUCCGCUUCUUCGCGAAAACACCGCCACCCAGCCCCCAGUACGACUUCCUGGUGAACUCCAACACGUUCGACAAGGAGAUCGCCGUGUACAGCGACAUCGUGCCCCGCAUUGGAAUGGGAACGGGACCCAAGUGGGCGCCCGACUACUUCCUGGGCAAGAGCAACACCAUCCUCGUGCUGGAGGACGCGAAGCAAGAGGGCUACGUGACCCCCGACAAGUUCCUCCUCUUCGACCUCGACCACUGCGUCUACACGGUGGCGACGCUGUCGAGGUUCCACUCCAGGUUCCUCAUACAGGACGAGAAGCUUCGCAGCAAGGGGCAGUCGAUCAUGGACCUCUACGGCAACUGGCUCGAGGAGGUGGCCUUCGUCGAGGAGGAGCUGCCCGCUCGCAAGUACCUCGCCUCGUGUGUCAAAGGAGCCUGCACCAUGGUGGACUUCGCGGAGCGAUUCACGGACCAGGAGAGGACUCUGAUGAAGAACUGGAUCUCCAGUAGCAUCCCUAGUCUACCUAGGUUGUUGCAACCCUCCAUCAAGUUCAGGAACGUCGUCUGCCACCGGGACAUCUGGGCGAAUAAUAUCAUGUUCAAACGAGACGCAAACGGCAAGCCGGUCGGGUGCUACCUGGUGGACUUCCAGUUCUUGAGGUACAGUCCCCCUGCGUUGGACUUCACGGUGUUUCUUUAUUUGAACACCGAUAGGAAGGCUAGAAGAGAGUGCUGGGACCAGCUGGUGAACGUUUAUUGCGACACCAUGAAACGGGAGCUGGCGUCCGAGGGACUCGAUGUGGAGCGGUGUUUGUCGAGAGAGGAGUUCAUCGAGUGCUGCAAGGAGCUGAAGGACGUGUCGCUGACGUAUUCGAUAGCGAACGUUCAGGUGAUGCUGCUGACGAAACAAGCUGUCGAGAAGUAUUUCGUUAACUCGACGGAUCUUCUGGAGCACGUGGUUUAUGGAGAACAACGAUCGGAACUGGUCGUAAACCAGUGUCGCAGCAGGGAGGCGUACAGAUACAGGAUCGUCGAUAUCUUGGAGGAAAUCAAAGAGCACCUGACCAACAAACCGACUGGGUCUACUAAAUCAUUUACUGCGCUUAGGGAAAAAAUGAGUCUUUUAUGGAGCCCUGAUAAGCUCGACACGAUGCGAGAUAGCGUUCGUCUUGAUAACAAGCUAGAAAUUGAAUUUGAUUGGGAAAUUUUAAAUUGCGACAAAGCGGAAUUAGUUCUCACCGUGGUAGGAUUAUCCUGCGGGUUAUACGAUUCCAAGCGAUCGCUGCAGAAUUACCAUUGCAUCGAGAACGAUACCGUGCCAAGCCUGUUAAUCACGAAAGCUUGUUGUUUCUCGUGUGCUCAUUAUACUUCGCGGGUCACGAGCCUUCCAUUCAACGAAGUAAAAUUAUCAUCGAUCACCCAAUAG